AUGUCGGCCCCGGUUCAGUGUCCAACUCAUCCGGACGUUCAUUUAAUCGAAGAUCAUCGGGCGGGAGAUCUCGUCUGCCCGCAGUGUGGCUUGGUUGUCGGCGACAGGUCAUUUUUUCGAAGUUCAUUCGGAAAAACAGCUUUUUACGGUUUCAAAGCAGAGUUUAAUAAUCAUUGGCAGUCCUAAGGUCGUUUUUUGUGCGUUCAUCAUGAAAUAAUUUUUUUUUGAGUACGUUUGGUUUGAAAGAAAUUGUCUACUCGCACUCGGAAACAAAAUUUUUUUUUUAGUAAGACGGAUCGAUUAAUUUUUUUAUAGAAAAAAAUAUAGUUAAAAAAAGGAGUAAGAGAUAAUUUUCCAGUUCAACAUCAAAACAAAAUUAUAGGAAAGUUUCUUUUGGUUUUUCCCUGUGGUAAACUUUAAAGUAGUUACGCCAAUUGACAAUAUUAUUAGAUUGGCCUCAAAAAAUAACGAUUCAUUACUGUUUGACAAAGCCUCAUUUUUAUUUUUGAAUGAAGGUUUUUCAUUGAGCUUACAACUGACUUUACAAAGUCGAUAUUUCAUUCUACAAAAUUUUACAAACCUUAACGGCUUGAAUUUUCAAAAAGACGACAAUUCCUAAGGCGACUCGGAAGAAAAAUUUUUCCUACUUGAAACUUUGAAAGAUUGAAUUUUCCGAAUAAAGAACGUUACAGCCUGGUUGCUUCAACCGGUUUCCGUUUUUACAGUUUUAGAAAUUACAUGCUCGAUUUCAAAUAAUUGAGCAGAAUGUUCCGCUUGGACUGUGCAUGAUUCAUUGAAAAAAUCUAGAGUUCAAAAAAAGAUAGUUUUUAAGGAAAUGGAUCGUUACAAUAAAUCAAUAUUUCUUGAGAAGCUAAACAAGGGAGGUCAUUUUACUUUGCGGUUGGGAAUUCCCUGAAAAUUGGCCAGAACGCUCCUCGAUGUACCAGAAGAAGAUUUUAAAAGUCCCAACCUGGCCCAACUUCCUAUUUUUCGAGCAAAAACCUUCGAAAUCCAUUAAAAUGGGCUAUUUUGAGGCUUUGAGACCUUAUUUCUCGAAAACGAGGAAGUUGUGCAGGAUGAGACUUUCAGAAUCUUCUUCUGGAACAUUCAAGAAGAUUCUGGCCAAUUUUCAAAAAAUUCCCUACCGCAAAGUAACAUGACCUCCCCAGGGAAAAGCUGAUCUAUCCUUGUGCAAACUCCAUGUUCUUAUUUUUUUGUUUAUUUAUUUAUUUCACUCAAACACGAAAAUACAGAGUAUUAGAAAAGGAGACCUCUUGCAGACUGGUGGACGUGGGCACGGAAUGGCGGUCGUUCUCCAACGAGCGCAGUUCCAACGAUCCUUCUCGUGUCGGAGCCCCGGAAAAUCCGCUGCUCAGCGGCGGAGAUCUCUCCACCACCAUGGCCAUCGGCUUCGGCGCCUCCGACAGUGAUAAUAGGUCCUUCAUGAUUUUCUCGAAAGGAAAUUUUUGAGGGGUCACUUUAGGGUUUUGUAGUUUUAGUGGUCGUUAUAGUAGUCGAAAUAGUCGUACCUUAAGUAACUCGAAUUUAGUGGCCUUUUUCGAAGUUUAAAUGGUGCUAGUAGGUUCCCAAAACUACUAUAGUGGCCACUAAGUCUCAAAAUAGUGGCUUCUAUAGAUAUGGUAGAGUUCACUUUAGGGUCCUCCAAGUGGUCCUUGAAAAACCCCUUAAGUGGCCACUAGAAGUUUUCCUAAAGGCAGAUCCUCAGAGAGUGUGUAGAACGAGGAGAGUAAGAGUCUGGUCUCUCCAUGAUUUUCGUGCUCUCUAAACUUAUUUAUUCGCUCUGGCCUGUCGUUUUUUUUUCUGAGCCAGAAACUUCGUAAAAAAAUUCAUUUUCUUGUUCUCAUCACCUGAAAAUCUAACUCUUGGGAACGAUUUCCUGUUUUUUUUUUCGUUUUUAUAAUUCUAAACACCCUCUAGUAAAAAAGAGCCUAACCAAGAACUUUGGGGAUUUUAAAGCAAAAAACAAGGUUUUCAAUAUUAUUUUUUUUCGAAGUGGAUUUAGAAACCUCGAAGUUUGACCUUUCUUUGUAGAUUCAAUGGUCUUGCUCUUAAUUUUUCCAUUUAAGAUUGAAUAAAAGUUUUUUUUUUCAGUUUGGCGAACGCGCAGCGAAAGUCGAUGAACAACACGGACCGGCAGAUGACCCAGGCGAUGGGCGUUAUCCGGGACAUGAGCGCCCGCAUCAACUUGCCCAAGAACAUUGAGGUGGGACAUCGAUUUGGCCCCUCUAAUGACCACUCUGGCAUUCCAAAUUUAGAUUUCAAGGACUUUUAGAAUUUCAGGACAACGCGGCCCGAAUCUUCAAAGACGUCCUGGACAGCAAGGCUCUGCGCGGCAAAAAUAACGAGGCCCAAGCGGCCGCCUGUCUUUACAUCGCCUGCAGAAAAGACGGCGUUCCUCGUACCUUUAAAGGUGAAUUUUUGACUGGGGAACUUUUUUAGAAGAAGAUUUUUCGCUGAAGUGGAGUUCAGGUUCUAUGAAGAAAAAAUUUUUUUUCCAUUUUUGAAGUUUCAAAAGCUUCCAUUAACGUGUAGUUUGUUAGCUGCUCUCGUUUUUUUUCCUGUCCAAAAGACCAAAUUUCGCUUCGAGACCCUUUUUUUCGCCUCUGAAGGCAUUUAGAAGGUUUUCUUCUCAGCCAAGUUCUUAAGAAAAGCUCUAGGAACCACUUAAGAGGUCCCUCAAGGACUACUUGGAGAGGGCCCCUAAAGUGGCCACUAAAACCAACUCUAUAGAAGUCACUAACUUGCGUCUUAGUGGCCACUAUAGUGAUCUAGUUGUACCACUCACACUUCUAACGAUGCCAUUGAAUUUUAGUCACUUAAGUGGCCACUACUUCGACCACUAUAGUGGCUACUUAAACUUCAAAACCCCAAAGUGGUCACUGAAGUUUUCCCGAGAAAGUUAAAAAGCUUGUGAGCCAUUUAAGGGACGACCACUAUAGUGGCCACUAAGAAGCAAAACAGUUGCUUCUAAAAGUGUGGUUUAGUGGCCACUUCAGUGACCUCUCUAAGUAGCCCAUUAGGAACCGCUUAAGUGACCACUAGAGAUUUUCCCAGUAGGUCUUAUGAGCUCUUCAUUGUUAGUUUAUCAUUUUUCUCCCUCUCUAAAAAAAAAUUUAACUAUAUUAAUCAACUGGUCUUGAAUAAACGCUUCAGAAAUCUGCGCCGUUUCGCACGUUUCCAAGAAGGAAAUCGGACGUUGCUUCAAGCUGAUCAUAAAGAGUCUCGAAACGAAUCUGGAGCAGAUCACGUCGGCCGACUUCAUGUCCCGUUUCUGCGCCAAUCUCGGCUUGGCCAACUCGAUUCAGGUCGGUUGCACAUUCAAAAUGUGUCCAGGAGUUUUGCAAAAAAAAAUAUUAUGGGAUUUGUUGGAGUUUUAUAAUGUAUUUUCUUAAAUUCUAGACCCAAGAAAAGUCGUUGGGAUUUGCGCAGGUCUGUCAAAAAUGUAUUAUUAUCAGAAAGUAGGUGAAAAGCGAUUUAUAAGGUUAAGAAACGGUUCUAAACUUGAGAUUUGAACUCUUGGCUGAAUUUUUUUUUUUCGUAAAUGGUUUUAUAAAAGCUUCUGUUUUGUAAGGAAUUUGAGAAAUCACCUUCAUUUUCAUGAAUUUUCUGUUUUAAAACUUUUCAGGUGUAUGAAAUUUUGCUUCAGACUGCAUGAGUAAAACGGAAAAACCAUUAAAAAUGAUUUUUUUACCGGUUUUCUCGUUUUUUUUUUUUGAAUUUGCAUUGGCCAAACGGAAAAGUUACUUUGAGGACACUUGAAGAAGCGAAAAAUGUUUUUCUAGCCCAAAAAAUUAUGGAAAAACCACUUUUUCAUAGCCUCAGAAAGUCUUUUUUAGUCCUCUGGAACCUUUUUAGUUAGUCCCCAAUGACUUUUUGGUGAAAGAAGUAAAAAAGUUGAGUAAAGGUUUUUUUUAAGGACCCUAAGAAGCUAUUUUUCGGGAAAAAAAAGAGGUACUACAGAUUUUUCCAUCUACUCCGAGUUGGUAUCUAAAGGAAAUUUUCAUUUUUUAGAUAAAUUUUAUGUGAUUGUUUGAUUUUCAAAGUUUGUUUCGUUGAAAAAAUUAAUUUUCAGUCCGCCGCAACUCGUAUCGCCAAACGGGCGGUCGAUAUGGAUUUGGUUGCCGGGUUCGUUUUUUUCAAAUUUUUAGACAGGUCCUGAGAUUUUGCGGUAAUUGGUAGUUUUCCGUAGCCCUUGUAAGUAAGUAGGAUGCUUAGUAACAGGAUUUAUGAAUUUUGAAGCACUUCAUCAUUGAAAAAAGGAAGAAAAGCUUCCCCUAGAUCGCCGAUUUCAAUAGGGUUUUCUAAAAGUCGAACUAUCGGUUAUAAUUUAAAAUAUUUUUCAACAAAGAUCUUCUUCAUAUUUUAGUUGUUUUCUUGUUUCAUUUUGAGAAUAUUCAGUCGAUCGCCGAUUUCCAUCGCCGCGGCGGCCAUUUACCUGGCUUCGCAGGCUUCUAGCGACAAGAGGACGGCUAAAGGUAAGCAUUUGGAGAUUAUGAGAAAAUUCUGGAUUUUUCCGAUAUUAAAAGGGUUCUUUAGUGUCGAUGGUGUGAUUCUGUAUUUUUUAUUAUGUAAUUUUCAAGCUCUAAUCCGGUUAAAUAGUCUGUGUUUGAGAAAUUGCUGGAACUUUAUUGAAUACCGAAGUUUUGGAAUUCAAAUUUACCGCCAAAACCAAGAAAAUCCCCUACAGCGAACUUGCUUUCAUCGCCGUCCAAGUUUGAAAAAAACUGAAGAAUUUUGAGUUUUUUCAUAAUGUUUUGAUGUUGUAGGGGGCAAUUUUAUGGUCCCCCUAGUGGUCAAAGUUCAAGUGGCCUCUAUAGGGCUUCUUGAGAGGUCCACUAAAACCCUAACGCUUCAGUGGUUUUUAUAGGCAGGGUGUAGGGGUCUCUGUAGGUUAUGUUGUUAUAGGGAUCACUAUAGGGAAGGUUUCGCGACCCCUCUUUAGGUCAAAGUUUUAUUGGUCACUUAAGUGCAGCUCCACUGGAGCUUUGAAGCUUCAGAGGCUCUUUUGAAAGGAAUGUAGGGGUCUCUAUAGGGUUUUUUGAGAACCACUAUAGGGGCAUUUUCGCCGUUUUUAUUGGGGUCAAAAUUUUAGUGGCCCCUAGAAUGUUUCCGGAGCGGUCUUUUGAAACCCUAAAGUUCUAUAGGUAACCUAGGGGGUCCUUAUUACGCUCCCUAUAGGGACCGCUUGAAAGUUUCUUAGAACCGAUCAAGAUUUAAAUUAUAGAAGACUAAUUUCCAAGGGAAAUUAAACUUUUUCAAGGAUUAUGAGUGAAUAAAAUGAUUUUCUGUAGAUAUUGGCGAUAUCGCGGGCGCGGCCGAGGUGACGAUAAAGCAGACGUACAAAUUAUUGUUGCCCAAGGCCUCGGAACUCUUCCCGGAGGACUACCGCUUCGUUACCCCCAUCGAUCAACUCCCAACUUCUUAA